GCUCGCGGACGCAGGCGGAUGGAUGGACUGAUACGCAAAGAGUGGGAGAUUGGCAGGAAGGGUAGUUGAUUGUACUCUAGCAAAAAUAAAAACAUCGACCGUGCAUUUUAAUUUGUUUGCUGCCAAGACCCCAAAGAAUACUACGAAACCAAUCUGGCAGAUUUUGGGGGAUUGAGGGCUGGCUUGUCCUUGAAGCAACCUAUCUCCGACUACAACGACGACGACGAGGAGUGCAGGCCUUGGCGUCGCAGGAUUUUCAUGGCCUUUACGUGGGUCUCCGGCCUUAGGAUCGCCCUCCUUCUCCUCCUUCUUGCCGCCGUCGUUACCGCUUGCUUCACUCUCCCCGUCGAGAAGAUAUGGUGAAUUGCUGAUUGGUCUCUUUCGUUUCAUUUUGUUGAGCGUGACAUCUGUGAGGGAUGUUUGAGCUGGUUAUUCUGAAGGACUUCUUAUUAUGGGUUGAGCAGGAUCUUGGACCUUGGGGUCCCCUUGUGCUGGCUGUUGCCUACAUUCCUCUUACAAUCUUGGCAGUUCCAGCAUCUGUAUUAACUCUUGGUGGUGGUUUUCUUUUUGGGCUGCCUGUAGGCUUUGUAGCCGACUCUAUUGGUGCUACUGUUGGUGCUGGGGCUGCAUUCAUUCUUGGCAGAACAAUUGGGAAAUCAUUUGUGGUUUCCAAGUUGAAGGAUUAUCCACGGUUCCAGUCAGUUGGGAUUGCAAUCCACAGAUCUGGAUUUAAGAUUGUUUUUCUGCUUCGGCUUGUUCCCUUGCUGCCAUUUAGCAUGUUGAACUACCUCCUGUCUGUGACUCCUGUUUCAUUAGGGGAAUACAUGCUGGCUUCCUGGUUAGGAAUGAUGCCAAUAACGCUUACAUUAGUUUAUGUUGGAACAACUCUCAAGGAUCUUUCUGAUGUGACACAUGGAUGGAAUGAGUUUUCAAAGACUCGUUGGGCAUUUGUCAUAUUGGGCCUAUCAGUAUCUGCGGUUUUGAUUAUUUGUGUUACCAAAGUUGCCAAGGCUGCUUUGGAAAAGGCUUUGGCUGAAAAUGAGGAUCUUGAUGACAUUUUAGCAUCCCCUCAGCUGCCUGUUGUGGCUGAACCAGCUGUGGAUCUCAACCAACCUCUCAUAAUCAAGAUAGACACUUCUGAAGACAACCAUGAAAAAUGAAAUAAAUGGUCUAUGUAAAUUCUUCCCUUACCUUCCUUUAACGGCCAUUUUCAGUUAUUAGAUUUUCAGCAUUUGAUUCUUGUGAUGCUGUUUGAUCUGUACAGUCCCUUAUUUUAGCACUUAAGUUUUGGACAGGAAUGGCUGGUUUUAGAAAGAAAGUGUAGCUCGUGUCUUGAACUGGAAAGCAAGUAAAGAACAAAAAUAAGAAAAAAAAUAACUGGAAAAAUAAAGAGUAAAGGAUGAAUAAAUUAUUGCUUUUCACAUUGUUGUAA